UCUGCUCUCUGCUCACUCUCUCUUCUUCCCAAAAUCGCCUCUUCCUCUCGCUAAAACCCUAUUUCUCUCUCUCUCUCUCUCUCUCUCUCUCUCUCUCUACAGCUCUUGAAGAGGCGGUAGAAACGAAAAUAUGGGGGGCCCACUUGGGGCGAUCAUAGGGAGAUAUCCGAGCAGCGAUGGAGACGGGCAAAUGGGGGGUGGGAUUAUAAGGCACAAUCGAAAGUGUAGGGAUUUGGUUUUUCUUGUUAUUUUCGUAGCUUUUUGGGUGGCCAUGAUUGUGAAUUCGAGCUUUGGGUUCAAUCAAGGCGACCCAUUAAGGCUGACAUAUGGGUUGGACUACAAAGGCAAUGUAUGUGGAAACAAGCAUGGUGACCCAGAUCUACGUGAAUUGGAGGUUAGAUACUGGAUGAAUCCCAACCAAAUCUACCAAAGUGCAGAUAAGAGAAGCCAGUUCAAGCUCACCGAUGCUAGGAGUAUCUGUUUAAUGGAAUGCCCGACUCCUUCUGAAGAUGGUCUAAAUUGGGUGUGUGAUUAUCCCGAAGGAGACAUCCACAUGUCUGUGGAUGAUUGGAUCGAUAGGGACUACGAUUAUUACGAGUUUCUCACACCGGAGAUGAGGAAUAACUCUCUUCAGCUGCAAGGCCCUUGUUACCCGGUUAUAUUUCCUAGUGAAAAUGUCUUUUGGAGCUGUCAAUUUAUAGCACGUGCAUCCAACUCAUCUAUGCGACACUGGCAACAGAUGGGUGGAGUCAGCAUUGAGGAGAACAUAUUAAUAGAUAAAACUAUUCACCAGGCCGUCAACGCUCACUCUGCUGUGUUGAAGAGGUAUAUAGCUGAUAUUGGAAAGGCUUGGCCAGUGUUGAUCGUUUGUGGAGGAAUAGUUCCGCUCUUUCUGUCAGUGAUCUGGCUACUGAUGAUUCGGUACUUUGUUGCUGCAAUGACCUGGAUAACUGUGAUUGUCUUUGAUGUUCUUAUAGUAUCAGUUACAAUGUUUUACUACGCAAAAGCUGGAUGGAUUGGGAAUGAUGCUGUUUCAGUUGUCAUUGGUGAAAGUGAUCCAUAUUUCAGUACUAGCGGGAGGGAAUUAAGUCACCUUCGUGCUGUGGCUGUUCUGAUGACAAUUGUGAUGAUUAUUGCUAUUCUCGCGUCAAUAGCCAUUACCCGGCGCAUCCUUAUGGCGACAUCAGUUUUAAAGGUGGCUGCAAAGGUCAUUGGUGAAGUUCAGGCACUUAUUAUUUUUCCUGUUCUGCCAUAUGCUAUCCUUGCAAUUUUCUACAUGUUCUGGCUUUCCGCAGCCUUGAAUCUUUUUAGCUCUGGUCAGAUCUUGAAGAAUGACUGCAGCGGAAACUGCUGUUCAUAUGAUCUGAAAUCGAACAGGGUGAACUGUGAUAGUUGCUGUGGUUACAGUAUCCAUUACACUCCUCAUAUUGCAAUUGCCAUUCUUUUUCACUUAUUUGGGUGUUUCUGGGCGACACAAUUCAUCAUCGCAUGCUCUGCGACUGUGAUUGCUGGGUCAGUUGCUUCAUAUUAUUGGGCUCGUGGGGAAAUAUCUGAGGAAAUACCAUUUCUCCCUGUAUUUGCUUCUAUGCGGCGUCUCUUGCGCUAUAGCCUCGGUUCUGUGGCCCUGGGUUCUCUCGUUGUCUUCCCUGUUGAGACUGUGCGCUUUAUUCUUGAGUCACUCAGACGCAGGUUGAAAUUUGUUGAUACUACAUCUUCGAGUCGGUUAGGGAGAGUGACAUCUGCAUCCUCUCAUUGUUGCCUUGGAUGCAUUGAUUGGACAAUUAGGUCUGUGAACCGGAAUGCAUAUAUCAUGAUCGCCAUCACUGGUAAAGGAUUCUGCAAAGCUUCUUCAAUUGCGACGGGUCUCAUUAUGAACAACAUUUUGCGUAUUGGGAAAGUAAAUGUUAUUGGAGAUAUUAUCCUCUUUCUCGGCAAGUUCUGCGUCAGCCUUUUCUGUGCCUUGUUUGCAUUCCUCAUGCUGGACACUCACAAGUACAAAUCUUCCCAUAACAAGAUCUCCUCUCCUCUGUUUCCUGUUCUGGUAUCCUGGGGCUUAGGUUACAUUGUCGCAACCCUCUUCUUUGGAGUGGUUGAGAUGGCAAUCGACACUAUCAUCCUCUCCUUCUGCCAAGAUGCAGAAGAACAUCAAGGGACGGCACAGUACGCUCCUCCUCUUCUCAUGGAGACACUCGAUAGCCAAGGAGAGAUGCAGAGACUAACCCAAGGAUCAUAAGCAUGUUAUCUUUUACUUUCCUUUUCCCCCCCUGUUGUAGUUUACUAUGAAAGCUCAUUUUCUUGUUAUGCUACUAUGAUUGUUCUUUGCUCGAAUCGUUAUUCUUCAGCCCGUGUAUCAAAGUCAAAGGUCUCUUUUACUCGAGCAUAUUUUGCUCGAAAAAAGCUCAAUGCUUUCAACUGAUUUUUGCAGCUUUGUUUUCUGUUUGGAAGCAAACUUGCGCAUGAGCUAAGCAAGAAAGAAGGCGGGAACCUGGA